AUUUCUAGAACUAAGUAGCUCAAAUUAAAAACCAUGGAAAUGCUCAGAGAGAAAUGGGAGAGGCCAAUUAAAAUGGCAAAGUAUAGUUCAAGUUAUAGUAAUUCUGCUUUGGUUUAUCAUGGUGUUCUACUUCCCCUUCUUCUUUUAUCACAGAUUUCCUUUCCAUUUGCCACGUGUGGAUCCUUAGUACAGUUCCUUCCUGGAUUCGAGGGACCCCUUCCUUUUGUGCUUGAAACCGGGUAUGUGGGAGUUGGUGAAUCAGAGGAUGUGCAAGCCUUCUACUACUUCGUUGAGUCAGAGAACAAUCCAAAGGAGGAUCCUCUCAUGCUUUGGCUAACGGGUGGUCCUGGUUGCUCUGCCUUGUCUGGCCUUUUCUUUGAACUAGGUCCACUUGCACUUAUAAAAGAGGAUUACAAUGGGAGCGUGCCUAAUUUGGUCUUGAGGUCAAAUUCAUGGACAAAGGCAAGUAGCAUUAUAUUUGUAGAUUUGCCUGUUUCCACGGGUUUCUCUUAUGCCACAACCGAGUCUGCUGCUCAACGAAGUGACUGGAGACUAGUUCACCAUUUCCAUCAAUUUCUUAGGAAGUGGCUGAUUGACCAUCCAAAAUUUCUGUCAAAUGAGGUUUACAUUGGUGGCGAUUCAUACUCUGGCAUUCCUAUUCCAGUCAUUGUUCAAGAGAUUUCACAAGGAAAUGAAAAAGGGAUCAAACCAUGGAUAAAUCUCCAGGGAUACCUGCUGGGGAAUGCCGCAACAACUGGAAAGGAAACAAACUAUAAAAUCCCCUUUGCUCAUGGAAUGGGACUUAUUUCUGAUGAACUAUACGAGUCACUGCAAAAAAAUUGUAGAGGAGAGUAUGUAAAUGUUGACACCGAAAAUGUGCUCUGUUCAAGAGAUAUCCAGUCCUUCAAUGAGGAUACAUCAGGACUUAAUACGGCUCAUAUUUUGGAUCCGGUAUGCGAUUGGCUUGAGACUGAAGUUUCUUGGAGGAGAUCUCUAGUUCAGAAAUAUCCUUGGAAGUACCUCAAUAGCCAUCUCAAACUGCCACCCUUAAGCUGUCGGAGUUAUGUAUACUUCCUUUGCGGUUAUUGGGCCAAUGAUGAUAAUGUUCGCAAGGCACUGCACAUACGCAAGGGAAGUAUAGGGAAAUGGCAUCGUUGUUCCUUCGAGAUACCAAACAAGCACGACAUUUUAAGCAGCUAUGAGUAUCAUGUAAAUCUCAGUAGAAAAGGCUAUCGUUCACUGAUAUACAGUGGGGAUCAUGACAUGUCGGUUCCUUUCUUGGCGACUCAAGCGUGGGUAAGAUCUUUGAACUACUCCAUUGUGGAUGAUUGGAGGCAAUGGUAUACAAAUGGCCAAGUUGCAGGAUACACAAGGACUUACUCCAAUCGGAUGACAUUUGCAACUGUGAAGGGUGGAGGGCACACAGCUCCAGAGUACAAGCCCGAAGAAUGCUUUGCCAUGUACAGUAGGUGGAUAUCUAAUAGUGCUCUCUAGGUAAUAAGGUCAUGUCCUAAGUUGGCAAGGGCUAUAAACUUGCAGUCAUUCCAUGUCAUUGGGUGAAUAAUGAUAGCUCAUAAAUGAAAUUUGUACCAUGAAGUUUUUGGAUAAUUCGACUUAUCAAUUCUGUUCAUGUUGUACUUGUUGUUUAAAAGAUUGUCUCACCCAUUUCUGUUAUGGAAAGGCUUACAAAAAUUCGGUGA